ACCCAUUUCACACUUGUCUAUCAAAAAACCCAAUAAAUAAAAAGUUGACAAAGCUGCAAAAUUAGAUUAGGGUUUGUAGUUAGGGUUUACAGCAGGUAGACUGAGCAGUCAAAUCCCACCGGUGUAGCGAAAAUGCCGUCACACAAGACCUUCAGAAUCAAGAAGAAGUUGGCGAAGAAGAUGAGGCAGAACAGGCCCAUCCCCUACUGGAUCCGGAUGAGGACCGACAACACCAUCAGGUACAAUGCUAAGCGCCGUCACUGGCGUCGCACCAAGCUUGGAUUCUGAGGUGCUUGAUUUGCUGCUUUUUUUCCUUUAAUUAAAUCAUUAGGGUUUUAUUUUGGGACAGAAACGAUGUUUUGUAUUUGUAAUGUCAUUUUGCAUCUCUUUUAAGUAAGAAUGUUCGUCAUCGUGUAAAGAUCUCAUUAACGGUGUUUAACACCUAUUUUAAAUCAAAUUUGAUACUUUGCAUUCUCUAUUA